AUGACCGAACUGAGGCAGAGACGUGCUAAUGAAGCUGAAAGCGUUCGUCUUCCUUCUAGGCAGACGCAACCACCAACCGCUGCAGCACUCUUACAGAGCCCUUAUGUCAAGGACUAUACGCAGUCGGAGCUGUUCUGGGUGUCUUACUACUCCUUUACCAGCAAGCAGAAACGUGAGGACAUAUCCUGCAUCUUUCCGUCAAAAUUUUGCAAUGCGCAGAUCAAGCACAUCUUGCCAUUGGAACGUCAAGAACGUGAUGCCAUUGCCUUACUUAGGACAAAGGCUGUACCACGUCCUGCUCGAGGAUACUAUGCUGUCAAGAAUGCCGUCAUAUACACGAUGAACGAUUCCCAGCCCGUGGUAUCUUCAUUCAUAGUGCAAGAUGGACGCUUUACGGCUGUAGGCGAAACCGAGGACAUCUUGAUAGAUCAUCCACACGCCAAAUUGUUUGAUCUAGCUGGUCGAAUGAUAACACCCGGACUAAUUGACGCUCAUGGUCAUUUGAUCUUGCUGGGAAACACGUUGAUACAGGCAGACUUGACUGGUAGUUCUGGGCUGGAGGAUGUUAGAUCUCGCUUGAAGGCACACUUGGAGCAAAAUCCUUCUUCAUCGUGGCUUAUUGGGAGGGGUUGGGAUCAAACAACAUGGCCAGGUAGUCAGUUUCCAACUGCUGCUGAUUUGGACGUGGAUCCGAUAUUGGCCUGUGUUCCGAUUGCUCUGUUUCGUGUGGACUAUCACGCUUAUUGGGUUAAUCAGGCCGCAAUCAAAUUGCUGAAGCUUCCAAGCAAUUUGACGAUUCCGGGUGGUGAAAUCAGGAUGAAUGCUGAUGGGACUCCAUCUGGUAUAUUCAUAGACGAUGCCAUGACCUAUGUCGAAACAGCACGUCCUAAAUACACAGACGCCGAAACCAACGAGUCCUUUGACAAAGCCAUGGAAGUGUUACCAUCAUAUGGUAUUACAGGAAUCCACGACGCAGGAGUAAGAGCCGAUGAAUUAUCACUCUUUCUCCGCAUCUUAAAAUCAACGCCAGCACGAUUCAAAGUACGAAAUUAUGUAAUGUUUGCCUGUGAUGGAAUCAAGUAUUGUGGACAAGGGCUGCGACAUAGCCAUAAGAGUUUCAUGACGGUUAGAUCAGUCAAGAUCUUCCUUGAUGGUGCACUUGGGUCAUGGGGAGCUGCGAUGGUGGAUCCGUACACAGAUAAACCGGAUAGUACCGGGUUUUUGAGAAUAGAGCCUGAAGAGCUUGAGUCUCUCGUUUGGCAGUGGAUGAUUGGAGGGUGGCAAGUAAACAUACACGCUAUCGGCGACAAGGGCACGAAUGUCGCUCUGAAUGCAUUCGAAUAUGCCAUCAAACGAUAUGAUGAAUUGGAGACACCCAUAAAAAGAAAGAUUGGGUUCAUGUCUGGACGUGAAUUUAGGCAUCGUGUUGAGCAUGCUCAGAUAUUGAGACCGGAUGAUGUUUCGAGAUUUGCUGAGUUGGGUGUCUUGCCUAGUAUGCAGCCUACUCAUGCAACUUCCGAUAUGUAUUACGUUGAAAAGCGUAUUGGUCGACGAGCAGCUUACUCAUAUCUCUGGAAGACUUUUAUUAACCACUCAGUACCAUUACCAUUAUCCAGUGACUUUCCCGUCGAAUCUCCAAAUCCGCUAUUAGGUUUAUACGCGGCAGUGACGAGGUUGACUCCAGCAGGCAAAUCUCCUCACGGUGAUAAAGAAGGCUGGUUUCCGAAAGAGAGACUAAGUAUAGAGGAAGCCUUAAAAGGAUUUACCUUGAAUGCAGCAUAUGCAGCACAUCAAGAGUCGGAAGUUGGUAGCAUUGAGGUUGGCAAGUUUGCUGAUUUCACAGUGUUUGAUACGGAUUUCGUUCAGGCCACGAAAGAUGGGAAUGCAUCGAGUAUCUUGAACGCUGGCGUAAAUGCUACGGUGGUCGGUGGGCAAGUAACGUUUGGAGAUUUGGGAGAGGGUGUUGGAGGAACCAUCUUGCAUUCGAUCAGGGCAAUUAACCUAAUAUCUCUUGAAAUUCACAACAAUCGUGCAUUCGUCAAAGACACAUGA